CGGCGAAGCCCAGCAGCGCCGCCGCCGACCGGCGCGCAGCUCUGCAGCACGGCUUUCGCCUCGGUACCCGCAGCCCGGGAAUUUCGGCGUUCCCGCAUUGUCCCCGUCCCGGAGAUCCGGGACGAGCGUUGCGGGUUGAUGGCUGUGUUCCAGAUGUUAGCAUUAUCAGAAGCCUGACAUCCACAUGGUUUUUGGCACAUUCUCCUAGACUCAGAUGAGACCAUGAUGGGCGUCCCCAGGGCCAGGUGCUGAUACAUUUCCCAGCCCCAGUCACCGUUCACCCCGAUACCAUUUCCAGUCUCAGUAUCUAAAUGCCACAGUGCUCUCGGGGCACGUUGGGCUGGGAAUCACUGUUGCCUUGUGAGACCAUAAAACCAUGGGAAACGCAGAAAGUCAAAAUGUAGAGCAUGAGUUUUAUGGAGAAAAGCAUGCCAGCCUGGGGCGCAAGCACACGUCGCGCUCGCUGCGACUGUCGCACAAGGCGCGGCGGACGAGGCACGCCUCCUCCGGGAAGGUGAUCCACCGCAACUCCGAAGUGAGCACCCGAUCCAGCAGCACCCCCAGCAUCCCCCAGUCCCUGGCCGAAAAUGGCCUGGAACCCUUCUCCCAGGAAGGCACCCUGGAGGACUUCGGGAGCCCCAUAUGGGUGGACCGCGUGGAUAUGGGCUUGAGACCCGUGUCUUACACCGAUUCUUCUGUCACUCCCAGCGUAGACAGCAGCAUCGUCCUCACAGCAGCCUCUGUGCAGAGCAUGCCAGACUCGGAGGAGAGCAGGCUUUACGGAGAUGACGCUACAUACUUGGCUGAGGGAGGCAGGAGACAGCAUCCCUAUACAUCCAACGGGCCCACGUUCAUGGAGACGGCGAGCUUUAAGAAGAAGCGCUCCAAAUCUGCAGACAUCUGGCGGGAGGACAGCCUGGAAUUCUCACUUUCCGAUCUGAGCCAAGAACAUUUAACAAGCAACGAAGAAAUCUUGGGUUCCGCGGAAGAGAAAGACUGCGAGGAGGCUCGGGGUAUGGAAACCCGGGCGAGUCCGCGGCGGCUCAGCACCUGUCAGCGUGCCAAUUCCCUGAGUGACUUGUAUGCUCAGAAAACCUCCGCCGUGAUGGCAAACGGGGGGCCGAGGGGCAAAUUUGCAGGCUACUGUCGGAAUUUGGUGUCUGAUAUUCCCAAUCUUGCAAACCACAAGAUGCCACCAGCUGCUGCUGAAGAGGCUCUUCCCUACAGUAAUUAUAACACACUUCCCUGUAGGAAAUCUCACUGUCUUUCUGAAGGUGCCACCAACCCACAAAUUAGCCAUAGCAACAGCAUGCAAGGCAGAAGAGCAAAAACAACUCAGGAUGUUAACGCGGGCGAGGGCAGCGAGUUUGCAGACAGUGGGAUCGAAGGGGCCACCACCGACACGGACCUCCUGUCCAGGCGAUCCAAUGCCACCAACUCCAGCUACUCGCCCCCCACCGGCCGCGCCUUCGUGGGCAGCGACAGUGGCAGCAGCUCCACCGGGGAUGCGGCGCGCCAGGGGGUGUACGAGAACUUCCGACGGGAGCUGGAGAUGAGCACCACCAACAGCGAGAGCCUGGAGGAGGCGGGCUCGGCGCACAGCGACGAGCAGAGCAGCGGCACCCUGAGCUCCCCGGGCCAGUCGGAUAUCCUGCUCACCGCGGCUCAGGGCACCGUGCGCAAGGCGGGUGCCCUGGCCGUCAAGAACUUUCUGGUGCACAAGAAGAACAAGAAGGUGGAGUCGGCCACCCGGAGGAAGUGGAAGCACUAUUGGGUGUCUCUGAAAGGGUGCACGCUCUUUUUCUACGAGAGUGAUGGCAGGUCUGGAAUAGACCACAACAGCAUCCCCAAGCACGCCGUCUGGGUGGAGAACAGCAUUGUGCAGGCUGUGCCUGAGCACCCCAAGAAGGACUUUGUCUUCUGCCUCAGCAAUUCCCUGGGCGAUGCCUUCCUCUUUCAGACCACCAGCCAGACGGAGCUGGAAAACUGGAUCACCGCCAUCCACUCUGCCUGCGCAGCUGCGGUCGCUAGGCAUCACCACAAAGAAGACACUCUCCGGCUCCUGAAGUCAGAAAUCAAAAAACUGGAACAAAAGAUUGAUAUGGACGAGAAGAUGAAGAAAAUGGGUGAGAUGCAGCUGUCUUCAGUCACCGAUUCAAAGAAGAAGAAAACUAUAUUAGAUCAGAUCUUCGUUUGGGAGCAGAAUCUUGAACAGUUCCAAAUGGACCUAUUUCGUUACCGGUGUUACUUAGCUAGCCUCCAAGGUGGGGAGCUGCCAAACCCCAAAAGGCUCCUUGCUUUUGCAAGCCGACCAACGAAAGUGGCAAUGGGCCGUCUUGGAAUCUUUUCUGUAUCAUCUUUUCAUGCCCUGGUGGCAGCUCGCACUGGUGAAACUGGAGUCCGACGACGUACUCAGGCCAUGUCCAGAUCCACAAGCAAGCGAAGGAGCAGGUUUUCUUCUCUUUGGGGUCUGGACACUACCUCCAAAAAGAAGCAGGGACGCCCAAGCAUCAAUCAGGUGUUUGGGGAGGGAACUGAUGCUGUAAAGAAGUCUUUAGAGGGAAUAUUUGAUGACACUGUUCCAGAUGGCAAGAGGGAGAAAGAAAUGGUCUUACCUAGCGUCCACCAGCACAAUCCUGACUGUGACAUUUGGGUCCAUGAGUAUUUCACUCCGUCCUGGUUCUGUCUGCCGAAUAAUCAGCCAGCCCUGACGGUCGUCCGGCCGGGAGACACUGCCCGGGACACCCUGGAGCUGAUCUGCAAGACACAUCAACUGGAUCAUUCUGCUCAUUAUUUGCGUCUGAAAUUUCUAAUAGAAAACAAAAUGCAGCACUACGUUCCAAAGCCCGAGGAGGACAUUUACGAGCUGCUGUACAAAGAAAUUGAAAUUUGUCCAAAAGUCACUCAGAACAUCCAGAUUGAGAAGUCAGACACAGCCAGUGAUAAUUAUGGGUUUUCGCUUUCUUCUGUGGAAGAAGACGGUGUUCGGAAGCUCUACGUUAAUAGGGUGAAGGAAACUGGUUUAGCUUCCAAGAAAGGCCUGAAGGCGGGAGAUGAGAUUCUCGAGAUCAAUAAUCGUCCUGCCGGCACCCUGAACUCAUCAAUGCUCAAAGAUUUCCUGACGCAGCCAUCCCUGGGCCUCCUGGUGAGGACCUACCCUGAGCUGGAGGGAGGAGCUGAGCUGCUGGAGAGCCCACCCCACCGAGUGGACGGCCCUGUGGACCUCGGCGAGAGCCCCCUCGCCUUCCUCGCCAGCAACCCAGGGCACGGCCUCUGCAGUGAGCAGGGCAGCAGUGCUGAGACUGCCCCAGAGGAAGCUGAAGGGCCAGACUUGGAGUCCUCAGAUGAGACUGAUCACAGCAGCAAGAGUACGGAACAGGUGGCCGCAUUUUGCCGCAGUCUGCAUGAGAUGAACCCCAGUGACCCGAACCCAUCUCCUCAGGACUCUGCCGGGCCUCAGCUGGCCACCAUGAGACAGCUCACGGACGCCGACAAGCUACGCAAGGUGAUCUGCGAGCUCCUGGAGACGGAGCGCACCUAUGUGAAGGACUUAAACUGUCUCAUGGAGAGAUACCUAAAACCUCUUCAGAAAGAAACUUUUCUCACCCAAGAUGAGCUCGACGUGCUCUUUGGAAAUUUAACCGAAAUGGUAGAGUUUCAAGUAGAAUUCCUUAAAACUCUAGAAGAUGGGGUGAGACUGGUACCUGAUUUGGAAAAGCUUGAGAAAGUCGAUCAGUUUAAGAAAGUGCUGUUCUCUCUGGGAGGGUCCUUUCUAUACUACGCUGACCGCUUCAAGCUCUACAGUGCCUUCUGCGCCAGCCACACGAAGGUCCCCAAGGUCCUGGUGAAAGCCAGGACAGACCCGGCUUUCAAGGCGUUCUUAGAUGCCCAGAACCCGAAGCAGCAGCAUUCGUCCACACUCGAGUCUUACCUCAUCAAACCCAUCCAGAGGAUCCUGAAGUUUUUUUUGGAGCUUUUUGCUCUGACGGAUGCGGAGAGUGAGGAGCACUACCACCUGGACGUGGCCAUCAAGACCAUGAACAAGGUCGCGAGUCACAUCAAUGAAAUGCAGAAAAUCCACGAAGAGUUUGGGGCCGUGUUUGACCAGCUGAUUGCUGAACAGACGGGUGAGAAAAAAGAGGUUGCCGAUCUGAGCAUGGGAGACCUGCUUUUGCACACCACCGUGUUAUGGCCAACCCCGCCAGCCUCUCUGGGGAAGUGGAAAAAGGAGCCAGAAUUGGCAGCCUUUGUCUUCAAAACUGCUGUGGUCCUUGUGUAUAAAGAUGGCUCCAAACAGAAGAAGAAACUUGUAGGAUCUCACAGGCUUUCAAUUUAUGAGGAGUGGGACCCUUUCCGAUUUCGGCAUAUGAUCCCUACCGAAGCUCUGCAGGUUCGAGCUUUAGCAAGUGCAGAUGCAGAAGCAAAUACCGUGUGUGAAAUUGUCCAUGUAAAAUCAGAGUCGGAAGGGAGGCCGGAGAGAGUCUUCCACCUGUGCUGCAGCUCCCCAGAGAACCGAAAGGAUUUCCUGAAGGCUGUGCAUUCGAUCCUCCGUGAUAAGCACAGAAGACAGCUCCUGAAAACCGAAAGCCUUCCCUCGUCCCAGCAAUAUGUCCCUUUUGGAGGAAAAAGAUUAUGUGCGCUCAAAGGGGCCAGGCCAGCCAUGAGCAGGGCAGUGUCCGCCCCAAGCAAGUCUCUGGGGAGAAGGAGGCGGCGACUGGCCCGAAACAGGUUUACCAUUGAUUCUGAUGCCAUCUCCGCCAGCAGCCCGGAGAAAGAGUCCCAGCAGCCCCCCGGUGGCGGGGACACUGACCGAUGGGUAGAGGAACAGUUCGAUCUUGCUCAGUAUGAGGAGCAAGACGACAUCAAGGAGACAGACAUCCUCAGUGACGAUGAUGAGUUCUGUGAGUCCGUGAAGGGCGCCGACGUGGACAGAGAGCUGCAGGAGCGGCUUCAGGCCGCCUCCAUCGGUCAGCGGGAGAGAGGCCGGAAACCCCGGGACAGUCACGCGUCCCGCAUGACGCAGCUCAAGAAGCAAGCUGCCCUGUCGGGCAUCAGUGGCGGCCUGGAGAGCACAAGCGAGGAAGUCAUUUGGGUUAGGCGUGAAGACUUUGCCUCGUCCAGGAAACUGAACACGGAGAUCUGACUGACGGCGUCACUUCCCCCUAGAGCGUGUGUAGAUACUUUCCCCGCCCCGCCCUCACUCUGCCCCGGUCCCGCGCCCUCGAGGAGGAGCACGUCCCGUAGGUCGCACUCUUGCACACAGUCUUGGCAGCUGACGUUGCUCUGAAGCCAUCGUAGUCACCCAACUUCAUCAUUCUAACGACAUCAGAAGGGAUUGUUCAGAACCUCACAUCAGCUCGAGUCCUAUCUUCUGUACAUGACUAAGGGCUUUUAUUUAUUCUCAAUCAGGGCCCGAAGAAUUAAAAAAAAAAAAAAAAAAGAUUCUAUAGCACUGGAAAGCAGGUUACCCCAGGAGUUUAAGUAUGUACAACAGAUGAGUUUAAGGAAUAGCACAGCAAGGGACAGUAAUAAAGAUCGCUCUGUCUGAAAUCAAUCCAGAGCCAUCUUUGAGUUGGGAAAACACGACUUCACACGCAAAACAAAGCAACUGUACAGCUUGCAGUGUUCUUCCUCCUUUCCUUCGUAAAUGUCUGAGAAUAUCUGUGUAUUUUAAGGAUGUGUGAGUCCAGGGUGGAGAUUUAUGUUUCGAUGAGCCCUUUUUUUUUUUUUUUCUCUUCUGUUUUGGUCUGUGGCUGGUCUCACUUGAUGUCAGUGUUUGGAAGUUCUAGUUUUGCAUAGAGUUAUAAAGAUGCCAAACUCUUUGAAAAGAGAUCCAAAUUUAUCACUUGGAAAAAAAAAAAAAACUAAAUGCUAUUUUUUUGUAUUUUACCUGAGAUGCAGGGGCACAAACAGAUGAGAAUUUUACAGUGUUGAUGUAAUUCUGAGUCUAAAAAUGAGGAUUUUACCUUUUACAGAGAGAGUAAGGCAUGGUGAUUUUAUAUUUAUAUAUGAAAGGCCUACAAGAUGCCCACACUUAGGAGAAACUUUUUUUCCCAAGAAACAGAUUUUUUUUUUUUAAAGGUUUGAACCUCUAUUUGAGAUGGGAGCUUGGUGGAAUUAAACACGACACCCGAAGAGGCAGUGUGUGUGCGUUCGUGUGUGUGCGUGUGUGUGUCGCAUAUGGAGGGGGACGGGAGACUCCUUCUCAUGGGGUUGCUAUGGUGACCAUUGGUUUUCUUAUCAGAGUUGCAUCUUCAUUCAUAGAUUACCUACGCCUUCCCUGACAGUCCAUAACCAAACCUCCUAACAAAACAACCUCUUCAAAAACAUGUCUUAUGUUUAGAACACGUUCUUCAUGCCAAUGAAACAGGGUAAACAUGCUAAAAACCUAACAUCUAAACAGAGUUCCAAAUGGGAGAGCAAAAACAAGUUAAAGCACUUUCAAUUUAAUUUUUUAAAAAAAGGUUUAUAGCUUUUUUUUUUUUUUUUUUUUUCUUUUCCCAUUUCACAAUGUCCACCUCCUAAGAAGGGUUUAAAUAAUAUGAAAACUUUCUUUUUGGGGAAAAUAUCUAUUUGGUGUUUGACACAUCAGUAGGUACUUUAAAGACCUGAAUUUUAUAGUAGCUUUAGGAAUUAUAUUUUAUAAAAAUCAGUUAUGACUUUAUAUUUCCAGACAAUAGAGAGUUCAGAACAUCAUGCUCUGUGCCCCUGCUUGCUUCACCCGCUUUCCUGCCCUCUCUUCCCGCCCCCUUUCGGGUUUCCAGGGCUUUGAGCUUGAUCUUUUGAAAGUUUUAUUCUAUUAAAUUUUUGCUAUAUCUUCUGAUUUUCUUAAAAAGCUUUAGAAUGGUUUCUAUACCCUUUGUAUCACUGCAUUGUUCCAUAUCAUCUCCAGUUCGAUUGUGUCCGGAUGGAAAGCUGAGGCUCCUCAGUGUCACAUUUACUUAGUCCCAGUGCCGCGGGUCCGUCAGAAAAUGCUGGAAAGUCUUGUGCUAGCAGAGGGUGCCAUUGUCUCUUGUACAUAAGGUCAUGACGUGUCUAUGUCAAAAGUUCUUAUAUAUUUCUUUUAUAAGCUGAAAGAAGGUCUAUUUUUAUGUUUUUAGGUCUAUGAAUGGAACGUUGUAAAUGCCUGUCAAACAAUAAAAAUAUUGAAAAGUG